AUGGGUUGGAGAGGGAUUUUGGGUUUUGAAUAUGGGAUUGUACAAGCACCAUUAGGACCUGAUAUUUCUGGUCCAGAGCUUGUUGCUGCUGUUGCUAAUGCUGGUGGCCUUGGUUUGCUUAGAGCUCCUGAUUGGGAAUCACCUGAUUACUUGCGAGAACUGAUAAAGAAAACACGGACAUUAACUGACAAACCAUUUGGGGUUGGUGUUAUUCUGGCAUUUCCAUGUGAGGAGAAUCUAAAGGUUAUAUUGGAUGAGAAGGUAGCUGUUUUGCAAGUUUAUUGGGGUGAAUGUCCACAAGAGCUUGUGCAUGAGGCUCAUCUGGCUGGAGUCAAGGUUGUUCCCCAAGUUGGAAACUUUGAAGAUGCAAGAAAAGCAAUUGAUGCUGGUGUAGAUGCAAUUAUUGUCCAAGGACGUGAAGCUGGAGGGCAUGUAAUUGGUCAGGAAGGUUUAAUUUCUCUAUUGCCAAGGGUAGUGGAUCUUGUCACGGAUCGUGAUAUUCCUGUACUUGCUGCUGGUGGUAUUGUCGAUUCACGUGGCUAUGUUGCUGCUUUGGCCCUUGGGGCUAAAGGGGUCUGUCUAGGCACGAGGUUUGUUGCAACUGAUGAAAGCAAUGCUCAUCCUAUAUACAAAAGGAAGUUGAUUAAGCUUGAUCGAACUGAAUAUACAAAUAUAUUUGGCAGAGCGAGGUGGCCGAAUGCACCACAGCGUGCUCUGGUAACUCCUUUCUUUAAUGAUUGGAAGUCCCUUCCGCCUGAUGAAAGUGAGAUCAACCAACCUGUCAUUGGCCGGUCAACAAUAAAUGGAGAGGAAAAAGAGAUUCGGCGUUUUGGAGGUACGGUUCCAAAUAUGACCACAACUGGUGACAUUGAAAGUAUGGCAAUGUAUGCUGGUGAAGGUGUAGGCCUUAUCAAAGAAAUUUUACCUGCAUCUGAAGUGGUUAAAAGGCUAGUAGAAGGAGCCCAACAACUGAUCCAUCGAGAAUUUAGUAGCAUUUAA